CUGAUACUAUUUCAUCAUAGUUAAUAGUACAUACAGCACACGUAGAAGUUAUUUACAACUUAAUGCUUUGGAUCUAUUGACCUCGACGUGAUAGAGGAGUGCCUUCAACUGAAAGAUCAUUUCUCAUCAUCAUUAUUAUCCAAUUACAACACAAUACAAUAAAUUCAAAGAAAAACAGCAACAAUAUUAAAAUGUUGGUGAAAUUUAUUUUCCCAUCUUUAAGAUCUGAUAAUAAUCUUGAAGUAUGUCGAAUUCAGUAUUAUGGAUCACCGAAAUCAUUGAAUCUCGAGUGGAUUGCUAAAGCGAUAUUUAAAAUUACUAAUUUAAAACGUGACACAGUAUUCAGUUUAUAUUAUUACGGUGUUGACGAAUUUGUACAAAUCAUAUCAAAAUCAUGUAUCAAAAGAAUGGUGAAAAAUUUCUGUAAUCAUAAUCAAAUCUGUCGAAUUUAUGCUGUACCACAUCCAUACAAGGAUAAAAAGUGUUUAAAUUCAUUUUUUAGUUAUUGUAAAGCUGAUGAUUUACCGAAUAUUUUAUUAAAUCCACCAAUUGUAGAAGGUAAUAAUAAUAGUAAUAAUAAUAAUAAUGAUAAUAAUAAUCAAUCAGUUAUUGAUCAAGUAUGGUUAGAUACACCAUGUAAAUUAUGUGAUAAAGUCAAUUGGUUAGAUGAAAGAUAUACAUGUUUAUUUUGUACAAAUAUUGUCCUAUGCAGAGAAUGCUUUUAUACUAAUUAUCAUAAUGAACAUCCUAUGCUGUGUACACGAAAUACUAAGCUAUUUUCACAAAAAUUAUUACAACUUUCACGUUUAGCUGUUGCCUCUGUACCAUGGAAUAAUAAUGUUCUACCUAGAAUAACUAAUAAUAAUAAUAAUAAUAAUAAUAAUAAUAAUGGUAAUGGUAAUAAUAAUAAUUCAAACAAUGGCGCGGAUUACAAUCAAUCAAUAAAUCCAUCAAUUAAUAUAACAAAACAAACAAAAGACAUUGAAUACAUUGUACAAAGACGUGAACAUCAUAAUAAUAAUAAUAGUAAGAGACAAAAGCUAAAGUUAAAAUUAUUUAAGAAAUUAAACUGAUGA